CGUUCCACAGACACAGUUGGUUCUGACGAGAGGAGUCCCGAGCUGCUCUUUGUCCGAUUACCACGGGAAGCUGCAUCCACUUCCCGGACAUAAAUAUACCUGAGGUGUGGACGCACACUUUUCCUCCAGACGCUCCGGAGUCGGUGGUUCGCUCGCUCCGGCCGCGCGUAAAACCAAACCCGUUGCGCGCGGGAGGCUCCUUUUUUUUUCUUCUUCUUCUUUCUUCUUCUAGACAAUUGCGCUGAAAAAAAAGUGACCGAUGGGCAACUUCACGGCAUCGCCGCAGACCAACCAGACGCUGGGGAUGUGGACGGACUACAGCCUCCAGUACAAGGUGACGAGCAGCGCGCUGCUGCUCGUCAUCUGCCUCCUCGGCAUCGUGGGCAACGUCAUGGUGGUGCUGGUGGUGCUCACCACCAAGCACAUGCGGACCCCCACCAACUGCUACCUGGUGAGCCUGGCCGUGGCCGACCUCAUGGUGCUGACGGCGGCCGGCCUGCCCACCAUCGCGGACAGCGCGUUCGGCUCGUGGGUGUUCGGCCACUACGGCUGCCUGUGCAUCACCUACUUCCAGUACCUGGGCAUCAACGCGUCCUCCUGCUCCAUCACCGCCUUCACCAUCGAGCGGUACAUCGCCAUCUGUCACCCCAUCAAGGCGCAGUUCCUCUGCACGCUGUCCCGGGCCAAGAAGAUCAUCGUGAUCGUCUGGACCCUGACGUCCCUGUACUGCGUCAUGUGGUUCUACCUGUCCGACAUCCAGGAGCUGGUGUACGACAACGUCACCGUCACCGCCUGCGGCUACCGCGUGCCCAGGCACUUCUACCUGCCCAUCUACUUCUUCGACUUCGGCGUGUUCUUCGUGCUGCCGCUGCUGCUCUCCGCGGUGCUGUACGGGCUCAUCGCGCGCAUCCUCUUCCUCAACCCGCUGCCCUCCGACCACAAGGACAACAACAACAAGGCGCACAAGAAGAAGAACAACAACGGACACAACAGCUGCAAGAACUCCCGGCACUCGAGCUCCACCGCGACCUCCCGCAGACAGGUGACCAAGAUGCUCGCCGUGGUGGUGGUCCUCUUCGCCGCGCUCUGGAUGCCGUACCGCACCCUGGUGGUGGUCAACUCCUUCCUGGACCGGGCCUACCUGGACAACUGGUUCCUGCUCUUCUGCCGCAGCUGCAUCUACCUCAACAGCGCCAUCAACCCGGUCAUCUACAACGCCAUGUCGCAGAAGUUCCGCGCCGCCUUCCGCAAGAUCUGCCGCUGCCGCAGGAAGGGCCCGGACAAGCCGGCCGCCUACGGCAUGGCGCUCACGUACAGCGCCGUCAAGGACACGUCGAUGGUGGAGAGCACGGACCACUACACCACGGAGCUGGAGGAGCUCACCGUCACGGACGACCUGCUGUCCGACCAGAAAAUGAUGUUUCCGAACCCCUGCUCGUACGGGAAGGUGGACUUCAGCGACCCCUGAGGUUUGCACUCGAGGCCUGGCGUCGAUUUCCGAGGCCACGGAGGCGAAUGUGAGGCUAGACUUAAAAAUUCAAGACUUGUUGAGAAAUGUUGCUUUAAUGGAGUCCGCUAAGUGGGAGUAUUGGUUGGUGAGUGCCGGCUGACCUUUGUGGAGGGCGGGCUGCUGCUGUAGCUAGAGACGUGCACUCAUAUUACAGACGCGGCUGACAACGAAGCCAAACACGCUCUUCGUCGAGGAGCGACCCCGGACGCUGUAAAGUCACAAACAUCCAGAGAUAAGUGCUUUUUCAUUGCACUGCUGUCAUCUCAUCCGGGACCUGCCCCUCGUAAAAAAAAAAAAAAAGGACUGUAAAUGAGGCAACCAAACAACACGGAAGAACAAAAGCAUCGUUCUCUCGCGUCAAAGUUCAGAUGAGCACAGACUCACCGCUGAUUCGUAAAGAGGCUGCACACGACACCACGUGGACUUCAACGCCGGGGAGUCUUGUGACGUGACGUCAGUGAAUGUGCCCCUCGGCACAUUAACGCGGGCCACACGGCGACGCCUUAAUGCCAAAGGAUACCAAAAAACCCCACAACAGCGGCGGCACCCCGAACAGAUCGAUGCCCACGCGUCCGGUUCGGAAGCGAGUGAAUUGACCGAACUGUAGAAUGCUUGUACCACUUUUUCCGUUUUUGUUCUGAGAAGAAAAGAUUCAAAUGUCUUCAGGGCAGACGGUUCAUUGGAGUGUGUUGUCGCACCUGAUCCUUCAUUCACAAAAGCGCUCGAUGGCGAAGGUCGCGUGAACCGGCCUUGAGCACGUUGUGAAGGCAGACUCGUGCUCUGGAGGCUCAGUUUGUACACGGUCUGGGGACAAGAGUGAAUGAAAUUUAGAAAUGCGUUACUCCAAUUCAAAAAAAAAAAAAAAAAGUGCCAUAAAAAAAUUAAGUUUGAUAUUUGCUGCUGUGGCUACCAUGAAUCUUUUUCUCUGGCAUACUUUAGAAAGGGUUUAUAAGUUGUCAAUCAUGACUCUAUUUAUGGAAAACGCAUUAUAUUUCACCUUAUAGGUCAGCAUAAGUGAUUCAAACUAACAAAGUCCAUGUAUAUAUCAAUUUUUUGUAGCUGUUUAUAGCAAACACUAAUUUAACUGAAAGACAAACAGGCAAAAAAUAAUCCCUGAUACAAAACUGGAAAUGAACAUGAAGUAGUUUGAUCAGUAUCACAUCAAAAAUCUAUUUUUUUUAUAACUAAAUAUUAACGUUAACUACUUCAGACUUCACAGAACAAACCUAUGAAGAGUAACUUAAUACCUGUACUGUCCUGUCGGAGGUUUCAAGUGUGUUGCACCUGUGGCCACGCCCACUGGUGAUGUCACCAACGCACCUGGAAGUACACGUCCACGCCGCUGCAUCAGGACGAGAAGUUAAAACCUCUGAAAGUCGCCUCCAUAACCUGUAUAAAACAUAUGAAUCUAUAAAUGAACAGCUCAUACAUGCAGAUCUGAUUAGCCUUAUUUCUAUAAUUAAGAAAGUCAUAACUUACUACUACAUAAUCUCAUUAAUGUUAACAAACAUAUAACCCACAGCACUGGUUGCAACUUAUAAACCCUUUCAAAAAUAUGCCCUAUUACACACUGGCAUCUCUGAAUAUCUUCUCUAUCUAAGUUUCUCACUUUAGUUUGAGCAGUUGCAGCGGUUAUGUCACAGUGGGAAAGACUGUAUAUAGUGUUACAGAGGUAUAAGUGUAACAUAUGAAUUAUGUCCAUGGCGUUCAGCUCUAUAAGCUCCCCGUGAUCGUCGGUGUUUUGUUUUCGUACCGUGUGAACUGUGAACCUUCGGCGAGCUGGUGAACGUGGCUGCGUGGACGCCUCGCUGAUGUCUGCGCUUUGGGCCGGAUCAGAGGCGGCUCAUGAAUGUUUCCGAGCACAAUCUGCCACAGACAGGGGGGAAAUUAACUGGGCGGCUGCAGCAGCAGCAGAAACUGGGGGGGGGGAUUCAUUCUUCAGUGUGUGUGGAACAUAUCAAAUAGCAGCUGUAGCUUUUGUUCCAUGAUUGUACCAGUACUGUACAUGCUCUCGAGUGUCGGUAGAUGUUCCCUGUGUGUGCUUUAAGUGAUCGUUAUUCAUGGUAACUUUUGUUUUGUCAAGCUGAAAAGAGAAGUUACCUGUAUGGUUUUAAUGCCGCCCCCGACGUUCACUAUUGCCCCCUUUAAGACAUUAAACAUUAUUUUUAUGAUGUGCUAUUCGGGAAGAUGCCGCUUGAGUCUCGCUGCUAAGAUUUAGUGUGAUACCGUGAAUAUGUGGCUGGUUGUCAAGAAAUACUUUGUGGAUUUUCUCUUCAUGUUCCAAAUAAAGUUGUUUCGGGAAUAAGAA